UUGGCUUGCUGUUGCGGUAGCGCUGCUUGCAGUUUAUGUUGUUCUUCAUGUCCUUCUUGCAAGAAUUCAACUUCAUCACGAGUCAUGUACACCGUGGUUCUGAUGUUAUGUUUGAUAAUAUCGUGCAUCGUUUUAGCUCCUGGUCUUCAAGGUACUCUCGAGAAGAUUCCUGGCUUUUGCUCUCAUUUGACUGAUUGUAACAAGUUGGUUGGAUACCUAGCUGUCUAUCGUGUUUGCUUCGCGUUUGCACUUUUCUAUUUACUCAUGUGUGUUUUGAUGAUCAAUGUUAAAAAUAGCCGGGAUUCUCGAUCUUCAAUUCAAAAUGGGUUCUGGGCUGUAAAAUUCUUAAUCAUUGGUGGCGUUUUGAUCGGUGCUUUCUUUAUCCCGCGUGGUAGUUUUAGUCAGGUAUGGAUGAUAUUUGGCUUAGGUGGCGCUUUCCUCUUUAUCAUUAUCCAGCUUAUUAUAAUGGUUGACUUUGCCCAUUCUUGGAAUGAAUCAUGGUAUCGCAAGGCUGAAGAAACUGAUAAUAAGAUUUGGUUUUAUGGCUUGCUGUUCUUUACUGUCGCCAUGUAUUGUGCAACUAUUACUGCUACAGUAUUAUUCUACGUGUUCUUUACCAAGCCUGAUGGUUGUGGAUUGAAUAAAUUCUUCGUGAGCUUCAAUUUAAUAGCAUGCAUUAUCAUUUCUAUCAUUGCAAUCUUACCCAAAGUGCAAGAAGUUCAACCGCGAUCAGGCCUGCUUCAAUCUGCUGUUAUUUCACUUUACACUACUUACUUGACUUGGUCUGCCAUGUCUAAUGAACCAGAUGCGAAAUGUAAUCCGCAAGGCGUCACUUUGGAAGGCGGCAAAUUAACUCCUCACGCAGAUUUCCAAACUGUUAUUGGCAUUAUAGUAUUGUUUGUUAUGGUUAUUUAUUCGAGUGUGAGAAAUUCGUCGGCUACAAGCGUUGGUCGAUUCUCAUUAUCCAGUAAUAAAGAAGAGACUACGGCUAUACCUGAACCCUCUUCAGCUCCAAGUGGAGAUGAAGAAAGUGGAAGACCUGGGCAGAAAGUAUGGGACAACGAACAAGAUGCUGUCGCCUAUAGUUAUUCCUUUUAUCACUUUAUGCUUGCUUUAGCUACAUUUUACAUAAUGAUGCAGUUGACCAAUUGGUACAGUCCCGAAAGUGCAAGCAUCGUAAGCCUUUCCAGUAAUUGGUCAUCAGUUUGGGUUAAGAUAGCGUCGUCGUGGGUGUGUAUGUUACUCUAUAUUUGGACAUUAGUAGCACCGUUAAUUUUGCCCAAUCGCGAUUUUUCUUAAAUAACUGAUGGCACCAUUACGUUUAUCUGUAUUGUUUCUAUCUUGUGAUGAGCUGCAAUACAUGUAAGGUGUAAGUGAAAGUUAGUAAUUGAGUACUUGAGUAAGUAUCAGAACAUUCUGAAAGGACAGCAACUGUCAUGCUUACAGUUUUGUUUCAUAUAAUACCUACCGCGGCAUCUUUAUGUAUGACUCUGUUCUAUGCAGAUAUUGCUCAUGUUGUAAUUAUUUUACUGAGUACACAUCGGAUAGUGAUUACUCUGAUAUAAGGGUGUACUAUUGCAUUUUAACAUUUGCUGGAAAUUUUAAGUUAAACUAAAAAUUGUACACUGCUUUAGACUAGUUAACAGGCUAACUUAUAGUUGCUAAAGCGUGAAAUAAGAUUAACG